AAUGAUCAUAACUCUAAUUGUUUUUGUUGAGAGGAUAUCUUUAUUUAAAUAUUUCCUCACUCAUUAGCGUCCAGGUUUCAAUUGAUGCUUUACUGGGAUGCACGGUAGCAUUCCAGGUGAGAAAUUUCUGUUAAAUAUUUUUACUUCUUUGAUGGACGCUGCUUAUUGCAUAUAGUCUUCUGAAAGGAAAUCGAAAAGCUGCCAAACACCAAGAACCUGCUGAGGCUUCUGGUUGGUGUGAAGCAGCUGCCUGCAUUGCGAAAUAUAUUUUCAGGCUCGUCAUUUGAAGUUCCUCUGUGUGCAACGGAUAUCUAUCUAGGUUAAGUACCCCACCUCUCUUGCUUAAAUUCAGCUGAUAGUUGGAAAUGAAGCUGUGAUGUUGUUGCAAUAACCUUGUCUUGAUUGCUAGGAAGGAGCUGUUAAUAUAUUUAUGUGAUUGAAAGUAUCAAAUGCUUCCAUUUGUACGAAAUAGUAUGAUUGAUUAAUGAUUUUCCUUUUGGUAUGCCAAUUUGAUUUGGUUCUUAUUGUAUAUACCUAUCUGUAAAAAAAUAUUGUUUGAUGGCUUUCAAACUGUAAUACCACAGUAGACUACAGUUAUCUUGGCCAUGAAAUUUUUUUUGAAAUUUCAGGAUGGGUUUGAAGAAAACAAUAAAGAUAUUGAAUUUUCAAUUAUUGUUAUUGUUGUUGCUGCUAUUUCUGUUCCAGAUUUGAUAACCAUAGUUUAGUGAUGACAAUGCAGAAGGAUUCCCAAGCAAACAAACAAGAGAAAGAAAACAAAUUGGGGGAAAAAAAAGGUUCUGAAGAUAUUUUCAAUGGAGCAAAAAAGUAAGCAAAGAAAAGGAUAGAUUCUUGGUGUGGAGUGGAGGUCCCUGGAGCUUCCAAGAUUCUCUUUUCCUAAAUUGAAUUCUUAUCUAAACCAGACAAGAGCAACAACUUCAUCAUUUGAUUGAUGUAAUAAGCCCCCCUCUAUUCAAAAGCUAAGUUAUCUUCUUCUGAUGGAAGGCCACAAGAGCAAUGUUGGGCUUCUUGCAGUUGGUGCUCUCCUGAUGAUAACCCCUCUUGUCUCCACCCCCCAUCGCCUCACUUACCUCUACUUCAUCGUCAACAUCCUCAUCAUAGCUGUAAGUGCCGAUGCUGGCCUCCUCCGGUCCUCCGCCUCAGCCCAUGACAGGAAUCAUGAAGAUGAUGAUGAUGAUGAUGUAAAUGUAGGAGCAGCCGCAAAUAAACUCAACAACGAUAGCAUUGAUGAUUCAAAGAAGAACUCAGGUGAAGUUGAUGAGAUGAAGAAAUCCCCAUCGCCUUCUUCUUCUUCAAUUGACUUUGUUGAAGAAGAGAGUGUAGAAGACGAAAACGGAGAACAACAAGAAGGGGGAGUGGUGAUAUUAGAAGAAGGUGAAUUGGAAUUGGAAUUGUUUGAGAAGGCUGAGAUGUUCAUUGGGAAUUUCUACAAGCAGUUGAGAAUGCAGAGGGACGACGACAAAACUAACUCUGAUCACUCAUUUCAUGCUUCCCCUAGAGUAGGUGGUAAAAAGAACACUGCUGAUCUGAGAGACCUGUAAUUUUCAACACUGCUUUUUGUUUGUUGGAGGGUCACGCCACGCCAUUUCUAAACAACCAAAUUAAAUAAAGCUGGAAACCAUUGCGAUUGUCAUCAUAUAUAUUA